AUGAUUCUUUUAUUAUUAAUAUCUUGCUUUACUACUGUAAUCAUAGCAGAUGUUCCAGAAUGUACCAACGGUGUGAGGACAUUUGACCCUCCGCAGAAUAGGAGUGUUCUUCUUUGGUAUCCGACUAAUUUCACCAAUACGACACCGAUUUUUCCAGCGAAUUAUGAAUGUGAAUAUCAGAUCACCGUACCCCAAGGAUGGUUUGUGCGAAUAACACUGUCAGUAUACUGUAAGAAAGACAUUGAACCGGUUCUUAUCACAGACCAGUUGCAGAGAACGGAACGAGUAACCAAUGUCGAUGAACAACGAUAUUACUUUAUAGCUCCUGGUGGGAAAAUCAAGUUAACCACUAACGAUGAAAGAGUCCAAUUUGGGUUUUCGUUGUAUUGGCAGCAAUACGCUGCCACCCAGCCUCUACAAUUAAAUGUCUCACUAUCCGACACCCAGCCUAUCGUUCUAGAAAGAAACGGGAUGAAGCCAGCACUUGUGAAAGCUGACACAAAAGUCUCCGCCACUAUUCUAUCCCCAGUCUACAACUAUUUAAUCCAAAACCUUCGUACCCUUAUAUUCUUCGAUGGUGACUCAUGGAACUCAACGAGUCUCGGCACUGGCCUCCAACUUCUUCAAGGGAACACCCAAUUCGUAUCGAGCGGGAGCUCAAUGACCGUACUCCCCCUCGAAUCGUUUUACAACGACUAUGGACAAAUUGUACUUCAAGACUAUGAGCAUACUAAGGAUAUUGCGAGUUUUCAAGGAUUGAAGUGUACUUUGUAUUCGAGAUGUGAAGAUUUGAAAUUGGAUGCGUCGGGAGGUCCAGCCGCUUUUCAGUUGUAUACACAUGAUAUUCUUUCUGUGGCAAAUGUUUUGACGGAGAUUAAGGGUACAGGUAGUCUUGAUGUGUAUAUCGGAGGUGUUACUAUAAAUAAGACGAAUAUGAUUUCAAGUUAUAGCGCUGAAUCCCAAAACCUCCCGCAAGAAUUCCUUGGAGCUUUCAAGACUUUGGUGCUCACCAAUGGAACGGCUAAGCUCACAAUGUCUGCAUUCUCAAAAACAUUCAAGGAAACUGUCACAUUUCCACGAAAGGGAUUCAUAGCUUCCACGGAAUACGGUAGUCUUAGCACUUGUCAAGACUCUCACUCAGUGGUGACGUCACUGAUGAUAGCAAAGUUUAGAAUCAGUAUACGGGAUGUUGAUUUGAGUGGAUAUGCGACAUUGGAUAUAAAUGGUUAUAAGAACGAAACAUUGGUUUUUGCUAGAUCGUAA